CACUACCCGGCGUGCCGCGCGCGGCGCUUCCCCCACCCGCUAAUGUUUUGGCCGAUUCAAGAUGGCGGUGCAGGAGUCAGCUGCUCAGCUUUCCAUGACCCUGAAGGUGCAGGAGUACCCGACCCUCAAGGUGCCCUAUGAAACACUGAAUAAACGCUUCCGGGCUGCUCAGAAAAACAUUGACCGAGAGACGAGCCACGUCACCAUGGUGGUGGCCGAGCUGGAGAAGACGUUGAGCGGCUGCCCCGCCGUGGACUCUGUGGUCAGCCUUCUGGAUGGCGUGGUGGAGAAGCUCAGCGUCCUCAAGAGGAAGGCGGUGGAGUCCAUCCAGGCGGAGGACGAGAGCGCCAAGCUGUGCAAGCGCAGGAUCGAGCACCUCAAGGAGCACAGCAGCGACCAGCCCGCGGCGGCCAGCAUGUGGAAGAGGAAGCGCAUGGACCGCAUGAUGGUGGAGCACCUGCUGCGCUGCGGCUACUACAACACGGCCGUGAAGCUGGCCCGCCAGAGCGGCAUCGAGGACUUAGUGAACAUCGAGAUGUUCCUGACUGCCAAAGAAGUGGAGGAGUCCCUGGAGAGGCGCGAGACCGCCACCUGCCUGGCCUGGUGCCACGACAACAAGUCCCGGCUGCGCAAGAUGAAGGGCCGCCAAAGCGAGCACGACGCGAAGACGGGACGGAAAAGUAGAGUGGCCAGUGGCUCCCCUAAAGAGAGUGAGGAUCUUGGUAUGGAAACCAUAAAAGGAAAGCCAGAAUUGAGCUGCCUGGAAUUCAGCCUCAGGAUUCAGGAGUUCAUUGAACUCAUCCGGCAGAACAAGAGACUGGACGCCGUGAGACACGCGAGAAAGCAUUUCAGUCAGGCCGAGGGGAGCCAGCUGGACGAGGUCCGCCAGGUCAUGGGCAUGCUGGCCUUCCCACCAGACACGCACAUCUCGCCCUACAAGCUGAGUCGCUCACGGUCCCGUCUUGGAAGAUCUGGGGAUUCCAGCAACUUUCCCCCGUUCCUGUGGCUGCUCCCCGUCGGGGUCCCUUGGCCAUCAGUCCGGUCACGCCCACACGAGUGUCCUUAUAAAGGCCGCUUGGCUGGACCCUUAGUGCUCUUUCUGAGCAGCCUUCUCGUGUUUUGCAACACGGACAGAAGUUUCCAGAUCAUAAAGUUCUGCUUUCUUUUGGUGGGCAGUUCCGCCCUUAAGUCAUUUUUGUCUUCACGUGCGUUACUGUAAAUGGGACUUUGCUUAGAGACCACCUCGGUCGGACUCUCAGUGUCCUCGCACAUCUCCGUCCUCCGGGGUCUCCGGGACAGCAGCACAAAGCCGCCGCACUCUCUGCCGCCUCUGACAGGGCUGGCCUUUCCUCGGCCUCCCUGCCGCCGUCCCGCUCCUGACCCCCUAGCCGCUCGCCCUCCAUGAAGACUGGGGCUCUCCGUGUGGGACCAGUCCCAUCGCCGCAGCAUGGACUCUGUGUGGUCACGCGUCCACACUGUCCCAGCUGUGGCCCCAGUUCUGGGUGUUCGUUGCACGGCUCCUCCCUCGGUUUUCCGUCGUCGUCUUUCUGGGCUCUGUGACAAUCCCACAGGCUUGGCGGCUUAGUCCUCACAGUCUCGAGCCUGGGAGCCCUGGAUCGUGGCACCAGCAGGGUCCGGUGAGGCUCCCUGCCUCCACCCCCUUCCUGAGCCUAUGGCUCCUGGAGGUCCACCUGCCGACACUGUCACGGCGAGGGACACGGCACUCGACCCUGGUGUUCCUCUCGCUGUUGUCAGCCUGUCCCCAGGAGGGAGGGAAGUGAACUGCCUUCCCCGUGGGCUGAACCCGCCUUGUUCUCUGAGCCUGGACAUUGGGCUCUGAGGUCCCACGUGCCCCAUGUGGUUUUGUGGGCCGCCAGCGCCUGUCCCGGGCACAGCAGAGCAGACCUCGCCCCCACUUACUGAAGUGCUUGGCCGCAGGCCUUCUCCGGGCUGCUGGAAGCUGCUUCUUUGUCCCGACUGGGUGCACACAGUCCCGAGGUGUCAGGCAUGUCCUGUGAUACAGCCUCUGUUCACAGAGAUCUUGGGCGUGAUCGCGUGUCUCUUCCCUGCUCUGGAGAAGGUUUGCGAGAAGUGCAGAAGGGGCCUGCCCUUAGUGCGUGAGAAGGCCUGCUCGGGAUGGCAUCCGUGGGGCCCAUGCCCACUCUCCUCCCUGGAGAGGCCUCACGGCGGCAGGAAGGAGCAGGGCCAGUGCUGCCAUCGCAGCCGGAGGACCGGAGGGCUGACCGUCUGGGAGACAUCCUGGCGGCGUGGAAGAGAAACCACGGCAGCCAGUGCACAGCCAAGGCCGGCUGGGGGUCAGGGAGGCUGGGCGGCACAAGAGAGGAAGGCCGGGACCUGCACAGUCUCGGCGGAGGGGCGCGGGCCGUCAAGGGAAGUGCCGAGGCGGUGGCGUGCCCUGGGGUCCGUGUCGAGGGGGCACAGCCCUGACCCCUUGUGGCAGGAAGUCACAGGUCUAAGUGGGUCACGUGAGAGGCAGGAUGAAGUGCUCUGGUCUCGGAGAGGUGGCCACACCAGUGGCCCGAGGCCAAGGGUCUGUUGAGAGAGGGGUUUGCAGAGCCUCUGGACUGUGGGCUUGGUCCCCUGUGGGCUUUGCUGUGGUAAAAAUAACAUUAAAGACACGUGUUUUUAACAUUGGAGUGAAGUGUGCUAUUUGCCCCGGACUUGGGCUCCCCGUGGGGCUCCCACCCAGCGGUUGCCUGUGCCUCUGCCUUGACGCGGGGCCCCUGACCCUUGUGCUUGACGUCCAGGGUUUCCCUCCUGUUGGUGUGUGCCCUCCCCUCCCUGCUCUUGUAGGCUCUGAACUUGGAAAGCUCUGGAGACGGGCUCAUCAGGCCCGGUGUUCUGUUCUGCGGUUCUCCACCCUGAGCUGGGCUGCUGGGUCCCAUGCCAGCAAGUCCCUUUCUGGAACGAGACUUUUCCUCUGGAACCUCAGUGCCUUUAUCCGUGCCCAGCUGUCUUUAGACCCACUGAGUCCCCUUCUUGCCGCGAGGCCACGGGACCCGCACCCUCUACCAUCCGUCCGCACAGAACACACUGGCGGUCCCGUGGGCAGACGUGGGGUCCGGGCUUCGGGCGCGCUGUGCCGCUCUCCGGCUGGCGGCCGUGGGCUCGUGGGGGCCCGCCUUCUGUUGCCAGGGACUGCAGUGGGCCCCGGGGUGCCCCCAGCACCGCUCU